AUGAAAAUUGCGCAAACUCAUCUUCCGAAAAGAGACAAAAAACGAUUACUAAAAGAAAUUCGGAACGAUAUUUCUAUGUUGCAAAGAGCAGAGACGGAAACAGAAUUUUUGAAAGUUGGUCAGCUUGUCCUACAGAAGUACAACGAUCUUGGCGCAAAAACAUUUGCUUCUAAGGUGAAGCCGUGGGUGACGGCAGACGGCGCAGAAAAAAAGUAAGAAUACAGUACAUUAUCUGUUACUUUUAGGCAUCGUUUCUAUGAGGGUGCUACACAGCACGGCUCCACCAACAAUGGAGCUGAAAGUUACCAUGGAAAGUUUAAAGACUCAAUAACUGAAAGGGAACGAGUAGAUUUCAAACAUAUGGUGCCGUUGUUAAGAGACGAACUAGUAUCGAGAUCUCUUGAGGUCGAGAGAAACCUUCCUGAAAAACCUGCAGUGGAUCUGUCAGCUGCAAGAAAAGCAUUCGUUAUGCAUGUGAAUUCGCGAGCGGAUCCCAAUUUUUUGAAGUACCUGAAGUUUAAGUCAGGUAAGCAAGGCCACAAGACUAAAACCUAAAAUAUAGGACGGUAUUACUUGAUUCAGUCAUCAACUGCCGAUGAAAGCGUUGAUCUUCUGAAAAAUUUCAACGAUUUAAAACAAGCCAAUUUUAAUUCUCUUGAGUCCUACAAAGCCUUAAAAGGAUCAUUUUACAUGCUUCGAAAAUGUGGUACGUAUUAUUCGUGUUCUUGCCCCGUUGGGCAAAAAUCGGCGACUCAAUGUAAGCACGCAGUCUUUAUUGCAAAAAAAGAAGGACUCCAUGACUUCACUGAACAAGAAAAGGAUCGGACCAUCAGGUUUACUGGAAACCCACCCGGAAGACCUCGGCGCGCUGCAGGAAGAGGCGCUUUAUCCCAAAAAUGA